CACACAUAAUUGAGAUAUCUGCGCUGCACAAAUUGGGGAUUCCCGUUUCGUCUGAGACAAGCAGGCAAGGAACGUCGUAAUUUCUAUUGUUUUCAUCUGUCAUACACUUGGAAUUUACCUCAAGUUCUAUGAUGUUCACGAAAAUUCAUCAAAAUUGCAUACAUGCCUAAUGACAGGCAACAGUCAGCCACAGAUAUCUAUUGCAAGUAGUUUUAGGAGCAGACUUUGUUGUUCAUUAGAGUGAGAUCUGAAACCAACCAUGGUUCUGGAAUCCCUGUUAUCCGGUGUGCUCAACAAGUACCUGAGCAAGUACAUCAGGAACUUGGACAGUCAUAAUCUCGAACUUGGCAUCUUUGACAGUAGCUUAGAACUGACAGACCUAGAGAUAAAGCCAGAGGCAUUGGCUCAGCUGAAUCUCCCCAUAGAAGUAGUUGCUGGCCAUAUAGGAAGGAUAUACAUUGACUUUUCCUGGACUGGACUUUUCUCUGAACCGGUAGUGGUCAAUGUUGAAGACCUCCUGGUACUGGUCAGUCCAGUUGCUGACCGCCCAUACGAUGAAGAGAAAGCGAGAAACGCUGAGAAUGCGUCCAAGCAACAGAAGCUAUCAGCGAUUGAAGUGGCCAAGAAAGCCUCUUCAAGCUCAGACACAAGUAGCAAGAGUCACGAUCUGUCAUUCACCGAGAAGUUAACUGCAGCAAUCAUCAACAAUAUACAGGUGAAUGUCUCCAACGUACACAUUCGAUAUGAAGAUAAUAGUACCUACCCGGGGAAGCCAUUCGCCUUUGGUGUUGCAUUGCAUCGAGUCUCUGCCCAGACAACCGAUGAAGAAUGGGAACCCACUCAGCUGGAUGCUUCAGCCACCAUCAUGAGGAAGCUGUUGGAAGCCAUUGGGUUUUCUGCCUACUGGAACACAUCGGUGGAGCAUCCAGUCUCUGGUUAUGUCAGGAGUGGACAAUGGAAAGAGAUCCUCAAGAGCUCCAUCCUCAGCCACCAGGUCAAAGGUCAACCCUUCAAUUUCGUUGUUGAGCCAGUGACCACCACAGCCCGCCUGACCUUCGACAAGUCCGACCCUCCGACGGAUUACACCAACCCACAGAUCAUCCUGGACAUUCUCACCUCCGCUUUGACCAUCUCCUUGACACGGCCGCAGUACAUCUGCAUCAUUGACCUCGCCCAGUCCAUGCAGCUGCUGGCGGUCAACGAGAGAUACAGGAAGUACAGGCCAGGUGUCCACGUCCAAGGGAACACAAAGAAAUGGUGGCACUAUGCAUACAAGGCCAUCUUGGAGGAGCACAUCCGUCCCUGGUCCGCCCCCAGGAUAGAGGCCCACCUCGAGGUCUACAACACCUACUGGCAGAAGUACAAGCAGAAGCUGGUCCUGCAGGAAGCCAAGCAGAGCACAGAGGCUCUCGACAGGAAGAUCAAGGGUCUGGAGGAUAGACUAGACCUGACCAACAUCAUCGCAGGGAGAGAGAGGGCCAAGACAGAGUUCAUCAAGGAGAAACCAGAGAGAGACAGAGCAAGGAGAAAAAAGAAAGCAGAGGACACCAACUGGUUCAUGCGUAUCCUAGGUUACGGAGAUGAGGAGGAGGAGGAGGAAGAGGACGAUGAUGAAGAUUUAUGGUCUCAGCUGACAGAUGAAGAGAAGGCCAAGGUGUAUGCUGGGAUAGGUUAUAACGAGUCAAGAGAGGGUAGCAGUGUGGAUGGUAGCCCUAUUCCUGUACAGUAUGUGAGAACCAAAGUGAGCUUCCUCCUUGACCGCUGCACUGUGGCCUUGAAGAACAGGAAUGGAACCAUACUCAGAGGCUUGUUACAGAAUGUACAGGCUGGAGUACAACUUAGACCCGUCAACAAUGCUGUCCAUGUGAUGCUGAGUACAGAUGCCAUGCGUGUAGAGGGCGCCCUACCCAACCGAGAGCUAGUUCCUCUGAUCUCCUCCGAGAAGCUUCAUCCAGACACCUCCAUGACGUCCCAGGUCUUCAGUGUGGACUUUGAGACCUCUCCGUUGACCGUCCCUGCAGACAUGGCUCUUGCCAUCACCUCAGAGCCCGUAGACAUAGUCUACAACCAGUAUGCUGUCUCGGAGCUCAUUGGCUUCCUCAAGGUCGAUAGCUUGGAUCUGUCGGGUCUCAAGUCGGCUGCCUAUGCUGGGGUCCAGGAGCUUGCCAAGGCCUCCCAGAACAACCUUCUCUAUGCAAUACAACAUCAUAAAACUAUCCAGGUGGACUUUGAUGUGAAGUCACCAAACAUCAUCAUUCCUGAGCAUGGAUCCUUGGACCUCGGGGGCUACUUGCUCAUCCUAGACCUUGGUAGUCUAAGGGUUAACAGUGAGCUACAGAAGGACACCACUGCUCUUGAGGACGCCACGCCUACUGAGAUAGAAGCCAGGCUCUAUGACAAGUUUGUCAUCAGAAUCACAGACAUACAAGUCCUACUUGUUGAGCAAGGUGCGGACUGGAGGGAAGCCCUUCAGGCCAGGGAGUCCAGACAUCACAUCUUACCAGGUCUAAGUCUUCAGGUCAACACCUUCAUCAGUGCUAAGCCAGACUACAAACAACUUCCGCAGCACAAAAUAGAAGCAGUACUACCAUCACUCAAACUUGCGAUAUCAGACUCCAAGAUUCAAGCUCUUGUCAAGUUUGCCAAGAAUGUUCCACUUCCAGAUGUACAAGCAAGUUCCAAUGACAUUCCAUACAGGACUCCAAUGCCCUCUAUCGAUCCCAAAGCAGUGAAGUCUGAGAUCUCCGCAGCUGCCUUGCGUCGCACCAAGAGGCUCAUGCUAUGGAGUAGGAAGACCAGGAUCGCUGGUACAACUCUGCAGACCAGGAAGAUAACCAACGUAGACGAUAUAGAUAAUCCCUCUGUCCAACCACCCACCCCACCUGUAGCCCCACUCAAAGGUGAUGUAUACUACACAGCAUCAGAUCAUUCCGAUGAGGAUAUCCAACAUUGGGCAGCCUCGUCACAGGUUCCAAAGUUUCACGACAACGAUUCCGCUACGAACCAAACCCACACACUUCUCAGAUUUGUCAUCAGAGAGGUGGUGGUGUCCAUUUCUAAGCCGAGCACCAGCAUACUACCCCUCCCAGCUACAUCCGGAGAUAGGAGCACCAGUCCAGCUCCUCCCUCCCCCACCGAGACUGGAGAGUCAGAGUAUCUCAGCCUGAGGAUAGACUCUGUGUGUGUGGACGUGGCCCUCAGUACCUACGGCCAGGCCCUACAUAUGGGACUGAGGGGCAUCCAAGUCAUUGAUAAGUUCCAUAUAGGUCCAGAUGGCACUUAUCUUCAUUUGCUCAGCUCAGCGGCUACUUCAGAGCUGUUUUCUGUUCUGUACAGAAAGGUUGAUGCUAAGUGCCCAGACUUCAGUGGUUACUAUGGAUCCACAGAGCAGGCCGUCGUCAUCAACUUCAGUGCUCUCAAUAUCCUCUUUCACAGAACAGCCGUGCUCUUCCUCAAGAAGUCCAUUACAGAGAUGAUUACAAGUCUGAGUUCCAUCUCACUGACCGAGAAGGUUGCUGGCACAUCACCUGCACCAGACCCUGAACCCACCCCUCCCAGUACAGAAACACAGCAAGAGACGGACCCACCUACCAAACCUCAGGCACCCAAGGCUCCGGUCAGAGGGGUGAUAAGGUUCUAUGGUGAGGCGACCAUGGAGUACCUCUGCAUCACGCUGACCGAUGUCCAUGAGUCUCUGGCCAACGUCUACAUCAGGGGACUACAGUUCUCACUCAUAGACAAGGAUACAAGGAUGACUGUGAAAGCAAGAUUGAAAGACUUCUCCUUUGAGGAUGCAGUAGUUAACACUGCUUAUCCCAAGAUCAUAUGUCUACAGGAUCAGACUGCUAUUGAUGUUAGGUUUGUGCAGUUCAAGCAGCCCACCCGUCAGCCCAUACCCACCAUCAUCCCCCCAGACCCUGGGGCCUCUACGGGACCCACCCAUGUCCAGCUGGACUACAGCCUCAAGGUCAGGCUGGGCAGCAUCCAGGUAGUGCUGCUCGGACCUUACAUCAAGGAACUACUGUCUUUCUUUGAGCCAUUCCUCAACCAAGGUGCUAUAGAUACAGCCAAAGAGGCAUCCAGCAUAGCAGUCAAGACAGUAGAUGACAGGAGAGAUAAGAUUGAGCAGGUGGAUGACAUACAGCAGACUGGUGUGAAGGUGGGACUGGACAUCAAGAUCCGAUCCCCCAUCAUCCUGGUCCCCGAGAAGCCAAGCUCCGCCCACGCCUUGGUUGCUAACCUGGGCAACCUGUCAAUCAUCAGUUCCUUCGACACCGAGGGCGGGAUCGAGUCGCCGGAUGGGCGGGCCAAGGUGACGGCCCCCCUCAUGAUGUACAUCACCACCAGACUCACAUCAGUGCAGAUAUCGAGAGCUGUGAUCCACUCCAAUCAGACUGUGGGCUCUUAUCGUCUCAUCAUUGAACCCGUUGAACUCCGUGUUGACCUCAGCCGACCUGUUGACCCCAACGUAGCCGCUGUGACCCCGCUCAGAGUCACUGCAAAUCUGGAAAUCGUGCAGAUCAAUAUUGGAGAACAAGACAUUGUGACAAUCUUGGCGACGCUGAGCGAUAAUUUGAUGGCGCCCCCUAGGGUUGUUGCAGAAGCAGUGAUUGAAGAAACCAUGGUUACCACAGAGGCAGAAGUUCAUGAAAAUCUUCCAGGUACCAGUGUCACUCCACCGGUCCCUACACCCACUCCUCCCAAGGAUACCAAGCCAAGGAAGACCAUGUUCAUUCAGUUUGUGAUGGAUGGAGCUGAGCUCGAGUUCUAUACCAAUGAACAAAGAUUGCAAAGGAGUGGAAAGGGCGUAUCUUCCCGUGACCCGAGGAACGGCCUGUCUCGCUUCAGACUCCAUCAGGUCAAUGGAUCAGCGUCUGCGUACAGCACAGGAGCCAUGAACGUCACAGCCAGCGUACUCACAAUCACCCUGGAAGACAUUCGACCCAACAGCCCACUUGCUAUCAGACAAUUACUCCUGAAGAGCAGUAGGAAGGUUCGGCUGCGCACAUCAGCUGCUCCAGGGAGCCCUCCCUCACCCAAGGUGACCCCCAUGAUAGAGUUCACCUACACUCAGGAUGAAAAUCAGCUACAAACCUUUGACUUCAUCAUUGAAGGUGUGAGAGUGAACAUCUUUGUGCACUAUCUUCUGGCUAUCUAUAACUUCCUGAGUAGUGCGUUGACCCAGAGCAAACUGGAAUCACCGCUCAGUCCCAGCGGUGGACAGACAUCCAGACAGACAUCUAGGACACUGUCGGUGCAAGGCGGUCCAGUCGGUCAGAGCGUGAGUCAGUCAGAGGGCUUGAACCUCAGGGCUGCGACCCCGGCAAAACCGACCUCUAGGUCACUUCAGAUCAAGUGUCAGCUGCGGAGGCCAGAGGUAGUGCUGUUUGAUGACCCAACCAGUCAGAAUAGCCAAUGUCUUGUCCUUAGGAGUGUGGGCAAAUUUGCCUAUAAGAGCAGUGAAUCUGGACAGCAGGUAGUUGCCAACUUGGAUAAAGUACAGGUCUUUUCCUGCGUCUACUCCCAAGCAAUGAGGACAGCUUAUCAGGUGCUUGAACCUUGUGCAGUGACUUUUACCCGGGUCACUACCCCUGACCAGGGUGACCUGAUGACCGCUGACCUGACUGAUGUAUGUCUUCAUGUAUCACCAAGAGUCGUUUAUGUCGUCAGGGGGGUAUCCGAGGCCCUUACAUCCGUCACACAGAAACCUGCCAGUAGCCGACAGCUCCUUGAAGAUUAUGAGCAUGAGGAUCUAUGGGGUCCUAAACCAAUCUUCUCUCACAGCUUCCAUAAAAGGAAAGGGAGUAUGAAGAACAUGGUAGACUUUGCCCCACCUACUGAACCCACCACCACACCCAGGCAGAAGCUGACUGUCCAGCUGCCCAGGUUUGAGGCCUUCAUGGAGCUAGAGGAAUCCCUGGACCAUGUGGCCCUGCUGAGGCUGACCUGUGGUUUCCAUGCUUCUGUCAUUGACUGGUCCUUCAAUUUGCGAGCCGAGGCUGAGAUGCAUCUGGGUAUGACAUCCUUCAAUGAGAAGCUUUCAGUGUGGGAGCCCAUCAUUGAACCUGUCAUGGCAAAAGAGGGAGAUUACAGACCAUGGGAAGUCACUGCAAAGUUGACCCGGGCAGAGAGUCACCCGAUCAAGUGUUACAGCAUGUGUGAUCGGAGCCCUGAUGGUCCGAGGGACAGUGUCGAUGGAGGUAUCCAGCUGGUCCAUACCCCUGGUUCCUACCCGGUGACUGAGACAGACUCUGAUAGUGACACGACCAGUGAGACAGAGCUGGAGUGGGAUGGACAUUACAGCAGUAGCUUCCUCAGCAGCGACAUUGCUAGCCCUCAGGACGAAGACAGGAACCCACCGACGGAGAGCAAGUCUGAGAACGAAGAUGAUGAUGAAGACGAGGGAGGAUUCUUCAACAAGGUGGAGAAUAUCUUCAGGGACAUAUUCACGAGUGAUUCGGAGGAAGAGGAGGAGGCUGCUGGAGGAGGUAGAAGUGAAACGGAUGGCGGUAGGAGAAUGGAGUUGGCUCUAUCAGCAGGAGUGAAUACAGGGCAGUCAGAUAGUGGCAUAUCAUCAUCGGCAAGGAACUCAAACUCACUAGCUGGCUCGGAACCAAGAGAUGAAAUGGAUAGCGAUACAGAGGUCACCGACGUGGAGACGAUGGCCAACUACAUCAUCGUGAACUCACAGGACAAACUCCAAGUGACGGUGACCCCUGUCUCGCUGGGGAUCGUGAAGGACCUUGCUGAGGCUUUCAGUACAGUUCCAGAACCACAGCUACAGAUAAUGAGGAAUAUACCAGAAGCAUCCACUCAAAUAGUCAACACAACAGGUUUGAAUGCAAGACUACUAGUGCCUUCAUCUUUCAUUGAGAAUGCAGAGUCUGUGGGUAUCAGCCUUGUACCCAUCAAUGGGGGACUGGUGGCACCCAGCAGGGCCAACCACCAGCCCCUCACACCAGAGGAGACCCACGGGGUCGACGCCCCUGAUACAGCCUCGCCCGAUCCCGAGGAUCCCUUAGAAACAGAGGGGCUUGAUGACUUAGAGGAGGUGGUUCGGACUUCCAAGUACUGCAAGGAAAAGUCACAUGUCUCUUGCAUUUCAGCAGACGAGACAGACAGCGGAGCUCAGGAUGUCAAUCAAAAUGGAGUCACGCUAGAGGUUGAUGGAUUCCGAUCCCUGACUAAUCUGAUUCCUGCUAUAGCUGGCACUUCUCUUUAUCCUCUCUCUCCUUCUAACUCUCAGUCUGACAAGAUCUAUGGGAUUGUACGUGAGGUUGAGAUCAGCCAUGGUAAAGAGAGAAUCAAACUCAGAUCACCCCUUCAGGUAGCCAACCACUGUUUGGUGGCAGUGCAGCUGUUCUACAAGAAGCUUGACCUGCAGACCCUUCAUGGGGCCAUCAUACCGGGGUUGGAUGAAGAAGAGUUCACCAGUCUUGGUAUCAUCCAGCCGGACGAGGUGAUGGACAUACCGGUCAUCGUGGCCUACCAUGCGGGCAUCUAUGCAUGUCCAGUAGACCAGGGGUAUGGUGUGAGUGAGAAGCCCAUCCUGUGGAAGGAUCUACAGGAACCUGCUGAGAUGUCCUACCUCUGCCCACCGAGCAAGAGAGGAGCGCUUCCACCGUUUUACUUCAAGGUGAAGAGGAAAGACGAGAAGAUCCCUCGCCCAGAGGGGUUAGAAGAUGCCCCCUGUUACACCCUCAACCUCUACCCACCGGUCACGUUACACAACUACCUCCCCUAUGAUGUCGUCUAUACCCUAGAAGAGACAGGUCUAAAGUUCUUGUUGAAAGGAGACAAGAUGGCGAUAUAUUCCACCGAUCUGUCUGAACCCCAAAGCAUGAAAAUUCAGGUCAAACAGUAUCUCUCUGCAAACUGGGAGGGGCAUCUCCCGGUCUCCAGGGAGAUGAAGACAACAGAAUCCAUCACCAUGGCAACCAAACAGGUUCACUCUGACCAGCGCAAGUACCUGACGCUGUGGGCCCACAGCUCCAGCGAGGGAGGAUCAUGGGAUAUCUUCCUCUACUCACCGUACUGGUUCGUCAACAAGUCAGAGCUACCGGUUGAGAUAAGGGCAUCUCGAUCAAGGAAGAUCUUCAGCACGCACUCCCUGAGUGAUCCAGUUCUCUUUACGUUCUCAAACUCAAAGAGGAAAAAGGCCAAGCUGAGAGUGUUUGAUUCCAUCUGGUCAUCUUCCUUCUCAUUGGACACGGUAGGAAGUUCAGGGGUCGUCAUCUGCAAGGACGAAGAUCAUGACAGAACAUACCAGUUUUGGCUGGACAUCCGUAUGUCUCACCUUCCCUUCACCAAGCUAGUCACCCUCACACCCUACUUCCUCGUACACAACAAGUCUGACCAGGAGCUGUCCUAUGCGGAGGAUGGGGUCAAAGCUGGGGUGUGGGUCAAUAUUAAACCCUCAGAGGUGCUUCCAUUCUGGCCCGGCUCUGAGUCCAUGAAGCUCAUACUGCGGAGGUCAACGACCCCUGAUAACCUGAGUUCACGACCUUUCCUGAUUGACAGACCCUGUACCACCGUUCUUAGAAUGGAGAGAGGGACUGGUAUCACAAUUCAAGUUGAAGGAGGUGUUCAAGAGCCUACUACUAUUACAUUCCUAGCAUAUACCUCAGGACAUUCACCAGUCCGGUUAGAUAACCUGUGUGAUGACCUCAACCUUAGAAUCAAUCAAAAGAACAAUGGAAGCCGUCACCUAGUGCGGCCUCACCGCAGUCUGCUGUACACAUGGGAUGACCCCACUGCAGAGAGGAUCCUGAUGUGGAACCUCUACAAUAGGAAUAAGAAGAGCUUUGAAUGCCUAGUUGAGCAGGAUGGUUGGGGUAAGGUGAUGGUGAGCUUAGAUAGUGUAAAUCGAAGCACACUGCCUGGUGAUGGACUCUAUGUAGAGGGAGAUGAUGCAAGCGUCUAUAGCACCGAUGAUGAGGGCGUGACAGAAUCCGAUGGCCUCCUCGAGCACCCUUUGAUGAACAAGAAACAGAGAACAACAAUCUACUGGGUGUCUUACAUGGAUGGGCUACAGAGGGUCCUUGUCUAUACACAGAGCUCUAGAAUAGCUAGAGCAGCAGCUCAGUCCAACGUCUCCGAGCCGGCCACCCUGGAGUUCCUAGCCUCUCUUCAGGGCAUUGGUGUAUCGUUGGUAAACACUGCGUAUGAGGAGGUGGCCUAUCUGAGUCUGUUCAGCUCCCCAGCCCGCUGGGAGGUGGAGUCUAAGGCUAACAGGUGGAAGGCACUGGGCAUGGAGCUCACAGGGGUGCUAGAGAACGCCUGGAAACACGGACAGGAGGUCAUUGUUGAUGAUAAUGGAACGAUACAGGCUGAUCUGAGAGCUCAAACCAUUGCCAAGCCAGUACAGGGAGCUCUGAAGAGGAUCCAUAACCCAGGGUUGUGGAUCCACUUCAGGAAGUCUGACCAUCAUCAGGGACUGCAUCUCAAGAUACAGAAGAUACAGAUUGACAACCAGCUGUUUGAUGCCUACUUUCCCAAUGUACUACAUGUGAAUGCCCUGCCCAAGGAUGUUCUGAAGAAGACUGGUCCCCGACCAUUCGUUGAGGUGUCCAUUCUCAGGAGACAGAUGCCAGAGUAUGGUGCCGACACUAUCAAAUACUUCAAGGUGCUGGUGCAGGAGGCUAGCUUGAAGGUUGACAAUGGUUUCAUCCUGUCUGUACUAGAUGUCUUCUCACACCUGCAGGAGGAACAAGAUGAGGUGCUGUCAUUGCGUACGGAUCUGAACUACAUCCAGAGUUCACUCAAGGAGACAUCUAACACCAUAUCAAGCAGCACGGCCAACCCAAUCUUCUUUGAGUUCUUCCAUCUAUCUCCACUCAAGUUCAUAGUGAGUCUAUCACUGAGUGGAGAGCCACACAUAACCAGUGAUAAGCCUGGAUCCUUCCAGCGUGAUCUAGGGCGUGUCCUUCUAGAGAGUAUCGGCUCAACGCUUACAGAGGUCACCGAGGUAGAGCUCAAGUAA